UCUGGCCUAAAUAUUGGACUGAGCAGCUUUAAAACCUAAACUAUUGCCUUUAAGAAUUAUUGCCUAAAUCUAUCUUCUAAAGGCUGCUUAAUUUGACCACUUGGAGGUUCGAGCAUUAUAAAAGCUUGUAUUUUGUUAUAGAUGAUUACUCAAGAGGGUACAUUGGAAAGAUCUCAACAGAAGAUGGAACCGUUACAGGUUUUUAUCAAACUGAUGGGCUUCUCAAGAAAUGCAAGCAUCUUAGCAUAUCUCCUAAUGGCCAAUUUUUAUACCUUGGAUGCACAAAUAGAGAUACAACUGAAGGAAUGGUAUUGACUGAGAUUACUAUUUCAGAUUUGACUAUCAAUCAUUCAUCUCAAAUUUCUGUUGAUGAGUUGCUCUCAAUGGAUUCAUAUUCAAAAAGUGAAACUUAUAGAAGUCUUAUCGUUGGCACUUUUAUCUCUGCUACCAAUGAUAUUACAUAUUAUUCCUAUAGUUUACCGAAGAGUACUGCUAAUUUUGGGAUCAAGAUCGGGUGAACAACUAGCUGAGGAACGAUGAGAUCGGCAAAAGCUGCAAUUAUUGAAGCUUAUGACCUAAUCGCAGUUGGAUACAUAAAUGACAAUCAAGUUGAUGCACUCAUUCUAAUUGGCCUUACUAAUGGAACUUAUGCUGGAGAUUACAAAACAAGAGCUUCUGGACACCAAUCAAUUAACCGUAAUAUUGUAGCAAUUGGCCAACUUGCUGAUUCUGAUAAACUCUUUAUGAUGAGCAGCUUCACAGGAGAAUAUCUGAUCUGGAUUUACGACAUCUCAUCCAAAUUUUUUGCAAGGUCUUAUGCAGAGUCAGUUGAAAUGACUUUUAUGACUGCUAAAUUUGGCUACUUCCUUUUAGCUACUCACGAAAGUACUCAAAAUGAUCCUUAUAUGUAUAAGAUUCCAUUUGAUGAUACAUUCAUUUCGGCUGCAGUACAGAUUUCAGAUCCUUUAAUGGAUACUCCAGGUACUCCUUCAAUAACUGUUGUAUCUACUUUUACAGCAAAUUCAGUCACAUCUGAUAGAACUCUAUCUUCUUUAAGUAUCUCUUCAACAUCUAACACUGAAAUCCAAAUAAAUCAGAGAAAUUUGGUACCUCUGAACACAAGGAAUAGCUCAUAUCAGAUGAUUAACGUGCCUGCUGGAGGAAAGAACACAAUAGACUUUACAAGUCCAUGUCUGGCUGACGCUUCUUACACUUUAAGUGCUUCUAUAGGCACUAAUCAGAAUGAUGAAGGCUCUCCAUCUUGGAUAAGUUUGAACGAUGAUUACUCAGCAAUUAUUGCUGAUGCACCUGAAAUAGAAGAUUCAAAGAAUACUUUUUAUAUAGGAAUUGACUUCAAAUAUUCCUCAUAUGUGUACACCCAGUUUAGCACUAUUAAGCUCUUCAACUGUGGUAUCUCUAACUGUAAUGGGUGAGAAUACGAUACAAAGGAUGGCCAUUGAAUCAGCUGUAAAGAUGGAUAUCAGUUAUCACAAGAUGGUAAAUCUUGCACUCGAGAAGUCCUCCCAACUGAAACACUUGCUGCGACAACCACAGCUGUGAUUAUUGCGUCAGCUGGUAUUGGAGCAAUGAGCUCGAUAGCAUCAUCUGGUUCUGGGUCGUCAGCUAUCUGGGCUGUGAUGAACCAAUAUCAGUUAUAUCUGCUGUUUCCACUUUUGCAAAGCUAUCUUCCUGCAGAGUUCGUAUUUUACUUAACAGAAUUUGAACUUUUUAACUUCGAUUUCAAUUUUCUUGAGAAAGUUAAAGUUCCAGGACUAGAGUACCUUGCUAGUGAGCUAAAUUAUAAGGCAUCUAAUGGAAUCUUUGAGAAGAAUGGGAUAAGUUCUGGAAGCUUCUUUGUCAACCAAUUUCAAUUCUUCAAAGCCAUGGUUAUAAUUGGAACAUUAAACUUUCUGUUUAUUGCUUUGUACUAUCUUCUCCCAAAACUUAGGAACACAUGGUUGAAGAAACUAUACAAAUGGCUUAUCUCAUUUUUUUAUUUCUCAGUGUACAUCAGGCUUAUACUAGAGACUUUUCUCUUCGCCUUCAUCAGCUGCCUGCUGGAAUUCACUACAUUCUCUUCAUUCACGAAGAACUCGGUGUCAUAUUUAAUAUCUGUUGUGUUUUUACUUGGAUUUAUUGGUCUUCCAUUUCUGGUUUAUUUCCACUUCAAAAGAUACAACACAGAUGGAGAGGUUAAAGAGACCUCUAAGCUAGCUGAGUUCUAUGAGGGAUAUGCUAAGGGAAAAAGAAAUAAACUCUACGUUAUAAUAUUUUUAGUGAGGAGAAUUGUAACGGCUUUCUGAUUAGUCUGAAUGAGAAACACUUCAGUUCCGAUGAGAUGAACGAUUUUCUUCAUUAUCCAAUUCCUUUAUUUCCAAUAUCUAGUGUUCAAUAUGCCUUUUGAGUCUAAGAAUGACAACAUCAUUGAAGUUUUGAAUGAGUCUGUAUUUUUUGUCCUGAGCUUUAUAAUAGCGAUGUUUCAGGAAGAAAAUGACUGGAAAUCUUGGAUGUCACCAGCGCUUAUUAUGAUCAUUAUGGUGAAUGGAUUUGUGAUUUCAGGUGUUAUUUGAAUCGGAUCAUGACGUUUAAAGCAGGGUGGGAGGAAGUGAAAAGAAUGGUAGGGAGAUAGCUGGCUUAGGAGAUUGGGGGUUGGAGAAAUCAGUAGUUUUGAGAUGUUCUUGAUAAUUUAGUGAGUUUUCAGAGGAUUUCGAUGAGUUUGAUAGAUAUUUAGGCCUUAUCUGUUGAUUUAGGGGAUAAUUGUGUCUUAGUUUAGCAGUAUAUAGGUUCCUCAAAAAGUGUAAAUCAAAGCACACAAGAGUUAAAGUCCUCUCUUUGCCGAAGGUACAAAGUAGUCAAAUUUGUAAGAGUGGGCUGAAUGAUAGAUCUUUCAACUCUGCUAUUGCUAAAAGGUUGGUAACUUUCUCCAAUUUGGUAUAAUAUCUUAUAACCCAUGACCCCUCUCUUCAUUAUCUCUUCAGAUUUCAAAAUCUGAUGUAAAUUCCUGACCAAAUUUAGGGACCCACAUGGAAAGCUGGAUGAAUCUUCUUUCAGGAAAGAAAGCUCUUCAGAGGAGGAUCAUGGUAUCUCUUAGCUUAGACAGGAGCCACAUAGCAUUCAUGAUAAUGUUAGCCUCAGCAAAUAAGAAUCCUCUAAGGUCAUCAGAGGCUCGCCCAUAUUAUUAUCCCAGUUGGUCUU